CUAGAAGUAGUUUUGAGAACAUUCCCAAGUUUCAUAUAGAGAGAUCUGCUACAAAUCUCGUGCUCGAAUCAUGGCUACUGCAUUUCUCUUCAUCUCUGGCACUUUCCUGGUUCUUUUCAUCAUACCAGCCGGUAAGUUAGAUUUUCAAUUUUCAUUUGCGCAAACUUGAGUUAAUGUGCUCCCGCUUUAGUUUCAAGAGGAAAACUGCUGCGCUCAUUUCUGAAUUGUUCCUAGACAAAUUUUAGUUCGGCUGGUGCAGACGAUUCUCAAUUGCUUUUGACGUAAACUCUCGUAUAUUUUGUUGUAAUCAAGUAAACACAAGAAAAGCUAUAAUCCUAGCAGGUGUGCUGUAAUCUAAACAAUUGCAGAAAAAAAAAUUAAAAAUUCAGGCUUUCACGGAAUUUGAACUCGUUCCUCCCAGAUAUGAAAAGAUGAAAAGAUUUCUCACCAACAAAGUGACGUGGCUAAAGUCCUACCUCCAAAAUCGCGAGAAUUAGACUUUGUCCUCGGGACAAAUGUAAGCAUCACUGAUAAGGUAAAUGAACGCUUGGAGAUUUCAUAUCAUCCAUUUAUCCUUUAGAUAUAUUUUCAUUUUUCUUUCUUCACUUAAUCUUCCUUGGCUUCAAUGCGGCAGAUAAUUAGGAAUUAAACGUCAUUCUGGAAAAAGCAGAGUGAGAUCAAAUCGGAAAAUAAACUCGUGUUUCCACAUGCGGGCCAUGUCUUAGAGAAAUACAUUUGCAGUUCCCAGUGAUAGCUCCUGGUUAAAAGUUAGACAAUUAAGUACUCUUUAAAUUGCCAAGUCAUAAUCUGUGCCGCUAAAACAGUGUAGCAACCAGGUACACACGCAAGCACAAACGUACGUGCGCAAAGUUUUACCUCCGGAAAUCUUAUAUAUAUCUUGAUACUAACUUUUGAAAUUCUCCUGCACUCAUUGGUCGAGAGGCAUGAUCAAUACAGAUACAGGCAAUGAAAAAUUUGUCAUACCAAGUCAUAGAAAGCGCAGGAUAAGAAUUUGAAGCAGUCUUGGUCGAGUAAUAAAUACACGAAAGGCUCAGCUUCUUUAAUUCGAGAAAAGUGCAUAUUUGUGUUCGGAAAUCAGUUUUAGACUUCGGCUGAGCUAUUCUAUCAAUAGUAAAAUUUCCUAAGGUUAUGAUACCCUUUUGCAUGUGAACGGUAAAAAAAAGUGUCGAGAUUCAUUAUGCAGCGCUACCAAAUUUCUAGCUACAAAAUCACCUAGGUAGUCAAUGGUCACUUCCGUUCGAACACCGUGCGCGUUUGUUUGGCCUGUGAAAGGAUGUGUCCUUCAAGUCUUGACAAACUUUCGUAACUGUGAUAUUUUUCUUUAACCAACAGCUUUGUCGCUUCAGUGUUACGAUUGUUCGAGUCCUGUGCAGGUUAGUGGAGGAACUAGCUGCAGUGCCGGCAAUGUGAAAAAAGUAACUUGCCCUCCGAUUUAUGACCGAUGUGUUACAGUGAAGAUUAGUAUGACCCCAGACGUAACAGUCGAGAUGAGGAACUGUUCUUCCAGCCUGGUCUGUGAUGCACAGUCGAAUUUUAAUCGUAAGUAAAAUAGUGCAGUUUAGCUAUAUCACUAGUUACAUUGUAAACAAUCUGCAAUUCUGCUUAAACCCAACUCUUACAUCUAUAUGGAUCACAAUGGCAGAACUAUUUCUGUAUAUAGUAUUACCAACAUACCUCUUGAUACGUUGUAUCAAGAGGCCUUAACUCUUAACUGUGUGAAGAAAACCAACUCAAAUUUGACCGCGCGCGCAUCUACCGCGCAAAAUUUCAAAGGAAAACAUGAAACCAACCGCAGUUACUCAUACUGUGCGAAAAAAAAUUGAAACGUCCACAGAAAUCUUUGAAAGGGACAAAUUAAGGAACAGAAAAACUCGACACAUUUUGAAUUCGAAGCUUAUGAAAUAACGAGUAUCCCGUUAAAUCACCAUUCUGUUUUGAGCUUGCCGAAAAUGUUAUACGCUUCUAAUUAAAACACCGUGACUUACUGGCUCGAGUGGUUGCUUGUAACUCGUGUGAGACACGUGUUCUGACACCCUGAAAGCACUCCACCAACCAAGUCAUGACAACGUUUGCACAUGCGCAAACGUGUGACCGCUGGGUUGAUAAAAGCCUUACGGGACGGUUAUUUACUCGAUGUCAAACCCAAAUCGCAGUUUUACGCAAACACUGGCGCUUACGUAUUUUCUAUAAGAAGGUUGUUUUAAUUUACUAAAUUUCCCUAGACACAGUUCACAAAACUGAAUGUUCAGAUAAAUUAUUCAGCUGAUUCAAGAUAGUCUAAACCGUGGUUUUGUUGAACAAUGGCUAAAUGUUGCUACACCUUGUUCAAGUAAUCGGCCCUACGUGUUUUAUGACGACAAAAAACCGCUGAAACAGCUAUUUCGUUCCCGUAAAACGUUAUUUUCGAAUAUAUACAUUGAAAUUGUUUUUAAUCUACAGCUUGUAAAAUGUACAAGGCUCAAGGGAAAGACUGUAGUAUUGAAUGCUGCCAAGGUGACCUGUGUAACAGAGUAGGACCCACUGAGCCGCCCUCUAAGCCAUCCAGCGCAGUAUUGGGACCUACUUUGAGCCUCGGAGCUCUGUUAUUCGCCUUACUUCUGCCAAAGAUUUUCGGAUUCAACUAAGAAAGGCUGUGCAGCUGUUUCCUGAUUCCAAUUAUUUUGCAAUCAAAAGCUGGCUUCUCAAAGAUAUUAUUAAGAGGGA